AUGAAAGAAAAAGUCUCCGAACAGCUCGAGAAAUAUUUCUUUAAUCUUCAGUAUGAAGACUAUGAUAAACCUGACCAAAAACUCAUUCAGCUUCUAUCCUUGGAAACUGAAGAAUGCGAAGAACUAUAUCAAAAAGAGCCACAACUUUUUGAUCAAUACUUUAAAGUAGCUAAAGCAAAUGAACCUGAUACCGAAUCAGAACAGGAAGACAAUCCUAACAUAAACGCUGUCAAGUUCGAAUACUCAGAUAGCAACGAAGAAAUGGAAGCAGAAUCUUCAUAUAUGGCCGCAAACAGAGGCGAGAGAAAGAAGAAAAAGAACUAUGAGUUCAAAAUGUCUGUCCAUAAUGGUAUUCCAAAUAGUGGUAAAGGACCCAAUACGAUCAAUGUCCUCAAUAUUGAUUGUAUCCAGGACUUAAAACUCAGAGAAAGAGUUAUAGAAAAAUGGGUUACUGAGAUUUCACUAAUCUUACAAACAAACCCAGAUGAAUUUGGAAAUGCAAAAAAUGUUCUCCUACUUUUAGAACACAAGACUGAUGGAAUUGUGCAAAAAUUCCUUAGAAAUAAUAAUUGGAAUGAAGAAUUACAUGGAUUAGACCUUUUUGAUAAUCUUAUAAAUGUCAUUUACACUACGUUCUUAGGACUAGAUUAUGUCUCCAAUAAAGACUUCACUAUAAAUAAGAAAGUCGACAUAGCAAGAGUCUCAAUGACAAAACUCCAGUUACAUGAUAUUUGUCUCCUUGACAAAUACACAUGUAGAUAUGAAUCAUAUCUUUAUGAUAUUCCACAGAGAUGUGAAUAUUCACAAUGGAUAUCUGCUUAUCUUAUGAAAAUACCAAUCAUUGGAGAAAUCUGUACUGAAAGAUGGAAAAAAGAAGCCAUUGGAGAAAUUCAGCAAACCAGUCUUUCUUAUGCAACAAAAAUUGCAAAAGAAGAAAUUGACAGAAUAUGUCAAGACAGAAAAACUUAUACUAAGAAAAAGUAUAAAGAUAAAAACAAAAAGAAAUACAAAUCUUUUUGGAAGAAGAAAAAGAGAAGAUUUUCUCCAGGAAAAUACUUCAAAAAAUCUUCGAAAGAAACACCUAAAAAGAAUACUUCCUGCCCACAAGGAAAGAAAAAAUGCAGGUGUUGGAUUUGCAACGAAGAAAGACACUACGCUAAUGAAUGUCCAAAUAGGAAAAAGUACCCUGACAAGGUCAAAGUAUUACAAGCCGCUAAUAACGGAGGCUAUGAAGCUCUUGAAUAA